AUGGACCGGAAGUGCCGCUGCCUCUCACACCGCGUUCUUGACGCUCUGGCUGCAGCAGCUCAGCAGAAGCAUGGAGCGCAACAAGACGCGCUGGAGACAGUCGCCAAGAGCCCGCGGACCGUGCACCAGCGGACCGCACUGACCGCCCCACGGACCCCGGACAUAACAGGUGGAAACAUUCACGACAGCACACUUCUGCAGCGAGAGUGCGACUGCGACUGCGACAGCAGCCCGUCAGACUCCGGGUGGAUGACUGUAGCGGCUUCUAACAAUUUCCAGCGCUUUCAUCGUGUUUUUGCAUUUGGGAAUAUUCGCUGGAAUGACUUGCUUUGA